UCCCAACGUAAAGCUCAUCGAGGUGCCAGUGACAAAAUGACGUUUCGUUUCUCGCGUAAAAAUUAUCUGUGAUGCGUUGAACCAAGAAAAUCGCGAUGAAAAUGUACCCGCUACCUCGAGCAACAUUACUGAAGUCGUUGGGCAGAAGAUUCUGCAGUUUAUACGCCGCCGAAAACGUUUUAAGCGAUGGAAACAUCAAAAAAACCGUGCAAAAAUUCGCCACAAUGAGACCUGUCAAGUUUAAGGCGCCCAUGCCGGCAAAGAAGGCGGCUGUUUUGAUACCCGUUUGCGAGAUCGACGGAAAGGUGUCGCUACUCUACACGCUGAGGGCGGCAAGUUUGAGAACCCACAAGGGGCAAGUCAGCUUUCCAGGGGGCAGAAAAGACGACACGGACGAGACCCUGGAACACACCGCUCUAAGAGAGUGCUAUGAAGAACUAGGCAUCAACCCUAACGACAUUUUGGUUUGGGGUAGUGGCAACAUGUUGAUAUCCCGCCAAGAAACCUCGGUGCUGCCGGUGGUGGGGCAAAUAACAAAAGAAAUCGACCCGAACAAGCUAAAAAUCAACAAAAACGAGGUGGAUGAAGUAUUUACGGUACCUUUGGAGGACCUAUGCGACCCGAAAAACUUAGCCCACACCCAGUUCAAAACUGGGUACACGAUGCCGGUUUUUUUGGGCGGUAAAAAGAGGAUUUGGGGGUUGACAGGGUUGAUAACGAACAUAUUUUUACAAAGUUUGUUGCCUCCUGAGGCAUACACGCACAACUUUAAAUACUUUCACAGGGUUUUAUAUUAAAUAAAUGAGUAUAUCUAUUUAGACUCUCUACCAUCCAUAUCGUCGGAACUCAUUCCAUUUUUUGUCUUUAAAUGUUGCCAGCAUUGCGAAAAAUUAGUUUCGGCGAUUUGUUUUUACUAAAAGCACCAAUUUUCCAAAAUAUUUAAAUAAGACAAAAUUUCCAAAGAUUUUAACGUGACAUCGUAUUCAUAUUAUGCCCAAUUAUUUUGGGCAAACAAUGUAUAUACAAAGGGUAUUAUGUAAAUAUUGUUUUAUUUAUUUUCAAGCAAUAAAUCUAUUUUGUUGGAAA